AUGUCCAAGCUAAAUAAAGAUAUUCUUUAUUUGAUUUUUGAUGAACUGCAUGAUAAAAACACACUUUUUUCGUGUCUUCUAGUUAAUAAAACUUGGUGUGAAAUGAUUAUUAGAAAUUUAUGGAGAGAUCCUUGGAAAUUUAAAGAGGAUAGAAACGGUAAAUUAUUAUUAAAUACAAUCGUUACACACUUAUCAGAAGAAUCAAAAAAUUACUUAAAAAGUCAAGGUAUUAACAUUCGAUCAAGAUCAUAUAACAAAAUUUUAUUUAAUUAUAUCACAUUUUGUAAACACUUAAACUUAAGUGUGAUCAAAAUGAUUUUAAAUAAAAUUAUUGAAAAUAAAUCAAAAAUAAUUAUUAUUAUGAAUGAAAUACUUAAACUUUUUAUUAAUGAUAAAACAAAAUUUACUCACCUUUAUAUACCUGAAAAAUUUGAUUAUCAAUUAAAUCUUAUACCAGAAGCAAAAAAUUGUUUAUCAGAAAUUCAAUUUCUUAGUUGUGAUACUUCUAUAAAUGAUAAAUCUUUAAUUAGAUUAAUGGAAAUUUGUGAUUCAAUUAAAGAAUUGGAACUUUUUAUGGAAUUAGAGAAUAAUAAUUAUGGUUUUACAAAAUUAAUUAAACAACAAAAAAAAUUAUUAAAGAUUCAUUUUUUUCCUAAUAGUAAAUAUCCCAUAUAUUAUCCAUGUGAUGAUUCAUAUUAUGAUGCUAUUGAAAAUUCUUUGAUUAAACAUUCAAGUACUAUAGAAUAUUUAAAGACACCCAGACAUAUUAAUACGAAAAUUCUUUCAUCUUUUGUAAAUUUAAAAGUAUUAGAUAUGAGUAAUCAUUAUAUGAAUUGGGAAUUUAAAUGGAAUCAGAAUCUAAUUUUUCCUCACUUGGAAAUUCUCAAAGUUAGCAGAUUCUCAAUUCAUACAGUUAUAAAUAUAAUUGAAAAUACAAGUGGACAUCUUAUUGAAAUAAGUAUUGAGAAAGUAUAUUGGAAUAAUGAAACUAUUAUUCAAGCUAUUUAUCAAAAUUGUCCAAAGCUAAAGUAUCUUAAAAUGAUGCUUGAACAUAAAGAUCUUUUAGAAUUUAAAAAUAUAUUAAUUAAUUGUCAAGAUUUGAAUGAAUUAUAUAUUGCAGCUGGACAUUAUUUUUGGGGUGAUUUAUUUGAAAUAUUAGCUGAAUAUUCACCAAUAAAUUUAUACAAGUUUACAUUUACAAUAAUGAUUAUUAUAUCAGAAUCUUUAGAUGACUUUUUUAAACUUUGGGAAGGUAGACGUCCUAUGAUAUUAAAAUUCUUUUCUAAUUCUAAAAAUAUAAAAAAAAUGAUGAAAUAUUAUAAAGCAAAAGGUAUAAUUGAAGAUUAUGACUAUAAAUUGGAUUAUAAAGAAGAUUUAAUCUGGGUUAGAAUGUGUAGAUGAGAUGUUAACAUCUUAUAAAGGAAAAGAAUAAAUUAGUAAAAUUGUUUAGAAUUUGAUUGGUAGCUUCUCAGCAUAAUAAUGAGAUACAUAAUUUUUAGAUUUCUGUAUAUCAAAUUUUGUUAUAUCGAGG